AUGGGCCCCACGUCUCAGCGGCUCGUGGGCCGCGUCAGACGUCUCUCAGCCCCUCAGGGCCUGCUUUCUGCAUCUCAAAGCUAUCCGCGUGGUAGAUGUGUUCUCCUGCGGAAUCAACAAUCGAAGACCUGUGGAGUAGGAAUGAAGAGGCUCCCGACACCAGCACCCCGCACCACCGGCCCCCAGUCACAGAAGGGCGGCAAGAAGAAGAAGGGCCGGUCCGCCAUCAACGAGGUGGUGACAAGAGAAUAUACCAUCAACGUUUACAAGCGCUUCCAAGGAGUGGGUUUCAAGAAGCGUGCCCCUAGGGCACUCAAAGAAAUCCAGAAGUUUGCCAUGAAGGAGAUGGGAACUCCGGACUUGCGCAUCGACACCAGGCUCAACAAAGCCUUCUGGGCCAAAGGAAUCAGGAAUGUCCCAUAG